CUGUGGGUGUGGGUGUGGGUGUGUCGUGCAGAGUUCGCGUCGCGGCCGCACUACGCGCGCGCCUGGCCGCAGCUGCUGUACGCCGCCGCGCUGCGCUACAACGCCUGCUUCCGGGACCUCGCCGCCAAUAAAACUGAUAACACUGUGGACAACAGAUCAACUAAAACAGAAAAUGGCAACUUUGAAUUUUUCGAACCUGUGGAUGAAAGAUUUCAUUUACUUUUCGGUAUAUGUAUGGAGGCAUUGUGUGCACAACGCGAUAUAAGCGAUAGCAACACAGUUUCUGUGCUUUUGUCGUUGGUGACUCUGCUGGACGCUCCGGAAAAUAGAGCAAGAUUGUUUAAAGACAAAGCACUGGCGAUAGAACUGUGCCAAAUUAUUCAUCGGAUAGGCCUCACUCAAGACAACAUCGAGGCGUUGCUGCUAGCCGCCGACAUACUGCAGCUGAUCAUUCUUGGCGGCAAGGAACAACUUCACGCUAGCAUGCAAGCUAAGAUUAAAGAGCUGUCGGCGAACGAGGGGUCGGAGGGUGUGUCCGAGGCGAUGCUGGCGGCGGUGGCGACGCUGGGCGAGGGCGGGCCGACGGGCGACGUGUGCGGCGCGCGCUGCGUGUCGGCGGGUGCGCUGCGGGCGGCCGCGUGCCUGGUGGUGCGGCGGCUGCCCGCGCUUGGCCCGCGCCGCGGCCUCACCGGCGUCAUCGGCGUGCCGCGCGGCCUUGGCCCGCACGCCGACGCGCUGCUCGUCAAGUGCCUCGCCGCCAUGUCGCAGCUCACCGAUCUCACCAGCCCGCAAGGCGCGGUGUCGCUGCUGCCGACGGUGCUGCACGUGGCGACGGAGGUGCUGCGCGAGGGCGGCGCGGCGGCCGAGGCGGGCGUGCUGCUGCUGCAGCGCGCCGCCGACUGCCGCGCCGCCGCGCCCGACACCAGCGCGCACCACGCGCGCCUGCUGCAGACCGCGCUCGCCAAGCUCCUGCACAGCGUCAAGACAGAGGCAUCGGAACAGCGCAUAGAGCCAAUUACAGGGGCACGCGGUAUGGCUGCAGUGCUGGGGCGCGCGGCUCCCUCGCCAGAGCUGCACUACCCCUGCAUCAACCACUUCCGACAGUGCCUCGACACGCGCGACAACGACGUGUUCGCGGCGUGCUGCGGGGUGCUGCGCGGCGUGUGGUCGGGCGGCGCGGGCGGUGCUGGUGGUGGCGCGGGCGGCGCGGUGUCGUGGUGGGCGCGCGCGCUGGGCGCCCGCGUGGUGGCGCGCGCGGCGGCGGCGCGGCGGCCGGCAGACGCGGCGCACGCGCGCGCCGCCGUGGCCGCGGUCACCGCGCUCGACGACCUCGUCGCCGCCGCGCCCGAACCCGCGCAGGAUCCUCAUAAAGGCAUUCAGUUGCUGCGUAUGCUGGUGCCAAUAGUGAUAUCGUACCUGCGCGAAGGCAAUGAGCUAGCGAGCGCGCCGCCACACGUGCGCACGCUGCACGAGUUCGCGCUGCAGUGGCUCAUGCGCGUCGGACCCAAGUACCCGCAGGAGUUCAAAACAAUGAUGCAACAGUCGCCCGAUCUUCGCACCAAGUUAGAAAACGCCGUGAAAGCGAACCAGAUCAGUCGAUCCAAUAAACAGUCUCAACCGCAAAGACCGGUCUUUGAGUCGCGACCAGCCAAACCCACUAUACAGCUGAAGACCGAUUUCAGCGAUUUCAGAUAA